CUCUCCUUUUCUAGUUUCUCUACUCUCUCUUCCUCUCUUUGUCUUUAUCUCUUUCCCUCUCUCUCUUCUGUUGAAGAUGGAGAGGUACAAGUGUCGAUUUUGCUUCAAGAGCUUUAUCAAUGGCAAAGCUCUAGGUGGUCACAUGAGAUCUCACAUGCUUACUCUUUCCGCAAAACCUCAACUUUAUGAAUCUACUCGUGAGCAAGAAGAAGAGGAAGAGGAGGAGGAGGAGCGGCGGACGAGCCAACUCAGUGACGACGGCACCGAGUCGGAUGCUUCUUCUUCGUAUGAUGGGUUUGAUCAUUUAAAGAGGAAUCGUACUCAGAUGGUUGAUGACGGUGGGCUGGAGUUUGAUUUCGCGGAGGACGACGACGUUGAAAGCGAAACCGAGUCAUCCAGGAUUAAUCCUACUCGGCGACGAUCUAAGCGGACUCGGAAACUUGGAUCGUUCGAUUUCGACUAUAAGGAGUUGAAAACGAGCCAACCCGGUGAGUUAGCGACCGAGCCAGAGCAUCACAGCUCAGCUUCUGAUACAACCACGGAGCAAGAUCUCGCCUUUUGUCUCAUUAUGCUCUCUAGAGACAAAUGGAAGCAACACAAGAAGAAGACAAAGCAGAGCGUAGAAGAAGAAGAAGAGUAUGAGACAGAUCAUGAAUGUGGUGAAGAUUACAAAUCGAGCAAGAACAGAGGAGGAAGAGGUCGAUUCAAGUGCGAUACUUGUGGUAAAGUUUUUAAAUCGUAUCAAGCAUUAGGAGGACACAGAGCAAGCCACAAGAAGAACAAGGCAUGCACGACGAAAACAGAGCAAGUUAAAACAGAGUACGUUCAUGGAGUCGCGGAGAAGAAGAAAGCUCAUGAAUGUCCGAUCUGUUUUAGGGUUUUCACUUCAGGACAAGCACUUGGAGGUCAUAAGAGAUCUCACGGAAGCAGCAUCGGAGCAGGAAGAUUGUCUGUAAAUCAAAUUGUUCUAAUAAAUCAAGAAGAAGAAGAGGAAGAAGAAGAUGAAGAAGAAGUAUCAAUGAAACAGAGGAUGAUUGAUCUGAAUCUUCCUGCACCUAAUGAAGAAGAUGAAACCUCUUUGGUGUUCGACGAAUGGUGAAAACGAAAAGUAACAGACUUUGCGUGAUUCGGGUUGUCAACAAAUUUUAAAUCUUUUUUUUUUUCUCGAUUAUACUUAUUAUUCUUUGUUUUUGGGUUUUUGUUUUGUUUGGGGGAGUUUUGAUCGAACUAAAUCAAAAGGAGGCUACUUUUACAUGUUCUAA